UCAUCCAGCGUUUUUAAAAUAGCAUGCAAAUGACUCGGCAGCUUGUCAGAAAAAGAUGCUCAACUUACUGAAAGUACUCUUUUUUGACUUCUGCACGAAGUUGAGCGUCAUAGAAAAAUGCCAUGUGCUUGCUGCAUUAUUUGGACGGUGUUUCUCGUUUUUGUGGUAUACGAAACCUCCAAUGCCUAUACAUUUCCAGAAAUGAGAAAAUCUGGGACCUACUUGACAGUAUCGUAUGAUCACUUCGAGCUGAACUGGUUCGGCGUACGACAGGAUUACAUCGGAAAAACGUUGGUUCUUCUCUCAAGAUAUAACCCGCCAAGAUGCCUGUCUGACAUACUCGCCUUGUGUGCUGUCAAAACUUCUUCCGGCAAACACAAAACCAGCGUAUUAGCAAAAAAUUUUAAGGUAAGCGUACUGAUGAGAGGAAUGUGCCUCGGAUAUUGGGCACUUAUAGUGAAAAACAGAAACUCUUCAGAAAUUGAGAUGCCGUGGACAUCUGUAAAGCAGGGUAAAAAGUGGGACUUGCCGAAAGAAGCAUCCAACACUACCGUUAUUCAUCUUACUCAGCUCUUGAGCUGUUUUCCGAAGGACGUUUCAUCAUCGAAGGGACAAACUCCUUCAUGUGUUGAAGUACUGUACUCCUCCUGCUUCACCCCCAAGCCACGGUGGAUGCGGGAUAAUUACCAGGAACUCUCAUCACUGAGUUUGAUGGACAUGCUUAUUCCUGGAACGCACGAUGCCGGAAUGUACCACCAAGGGACCCCGCUUCCGCAUGAAAAGCUUUUAUACAAUCAGGACCGAACCAUUAAGCAGCAACUGGCGUAUGGUAUUCGCGCCUUGGACUUGAGAGUGCAAUAUUCCCGUGGCGAGUUUUAUAUAACCCACGAUCGAGUGCGAGGGUGGCCAACUGUUAGCGAGGUACUGAGGGACGUCCGCGAGUUUGUAGAUGAGACUGGUGAGAUUGUGAUCCUAGAUUUUCACAGAUUUACGGUUGGUUUCGACGAAGGUUACGACGACGUUCCGGCCCGACACUUACAGCUUCAACACGUCAUUAUGCAACAACUCGGUGGUGUACUUUUGAAGCGGUUCGAUUACUUCAAGAAGUUGGAAGAGAUUUUUGGCGACUCGAAGAACGGCUUACGGCUGCAUGGUCACGUCAUAGCAUUUUACAGAUCCAACUAUUUUAGAGGGCCUUACGCGAAUUACUUGGCACCUGCAAUACUGCACCGGUGGGCUAACGCAAAAUCUCUGAAGGAACUUAUGAAGUAUAUGAGGGAAAAAGCUUGCGUCUCCGGAACUUGUAAUCUUAUUUCUGUAAUGGCGGAGCUCACGCCGUCGUUUCCUAAGCUUAUUGUCAGUCCGCGGAGAGCGGCCAAGUGGGUAAACCAUGAUGUCACCGAGUUCUUCAGACACAAGCAACGGACGUGCUCAGGCAUUGUCUCCACGGACUUCUUUCUCGGAAAUGGGAUGAUUGACGUAACAAUUGAAGCUAACAUACUUAGAGGACGCGACAGACAGUUCCUACAGAAAGAGAAGCCGUACUCUUAUUGCGACACGACAGUCGCACCUGCGAAGAAGUCUUGAAAAA